CGCAGAGACUCAGUGGGUGCGAAUGUAACUCCUGUAACUCUGGUUAGCCACCCGGGGUUGACAAUACCGGACAAACAGAAAACACCAACUGAACUACAGGUUGCGAUGGCGUGAAAUAACCCCCAGGCAGAGUGAGAUACGGAUGUUCACUAUCUCUGUUUUCUUUUAAAAGGAGAGAAUCUCGUCCAGGCAACAGCAAAAGCCAACAAAGGUAUUGGGUAGAGAAGCGGCCAGAGAACUGUGCUCCUGGGCAGAAGGCUGUGUCUAAGUCACAACAGGGAAGCGGAGAGGUAAGACUCAGUCCUCACCAGGAGGAGCCUUGAUCCCGGGCCACUUGCCUGAAACUACCCUCCUCUGCUCUAAACUGGUUAAGAAGUGACGCUGAGCUCAGCCAAAUCUUGAGCCCACGGCGGUUCUGGGCGCGGACUGGGCUCAGCAUCCAGUUUCCAGGCGCAGCUUCAGCGGCUUCUUAGACUGCUCCAGCAUCCGCGCCCGCUUGGGUACCACACCCGGAGCGAGCAGCGGUGCCUCUCGGGUGGUUGGCCGGCAGAACAUGACCCAGAGGCACCUGCGCAUGCAGGUGGCUUCUGCAACCACCGCAGCCACCAUGAGUAAGGCGGCUGCCGGUGAUGAGCUCUCAGAAUUCUUCAGUCUCAUCCCAGGCUUGCUGGAGGUUGCCAACACGAGCAGCAACGCGUCGCUGCAGCUUCCGGACUUGUGGUGGGACCUGGGGUUGGAGUUGCCAGACGGUGCGGCGCCCGGGUAUCCCCCUGGAAGCGGCGGGGCAGAGAGCGCAGACACUGAGGCCCGGGUACGGAUCCUCAUCAGCGCGGUUUACUGGGUGGUUUGUGCUCUGGGACUGGCCGGCAACCUGCUGGUUCUCUACCUGAUGAAAAGCAAGCAAGGGUGGCGCAAAUCUUCCAUCAACCUCUUCGUCACUAACCUGGCGCUGACUGACUUUCAAUUCGUGCUCACUUUGCCCUUCUGGGCGGUGGAGAACGCCCUAGACUUCAAGUGGCCCUUCGGCAAGGCCAUGUGUAAGAUCGUGUCCAUGGUGACGUCCAUGAACAUGUACGCUAGCGUCUUCUUUCUCACCGCUAUGAGCGUGGCGCGCUACCACUCUGUGGCCUCGGCUUUGAAGAGCCAUCGGACCCGAGGGCAUGGCCGAGGCGACUGCUGCGGCCAGAGCUUAAGGAACAGCUGCUGUUUCUCAGCCAAGGUGUUGUGUGGGUUGAUCUGGGCUUCUGCCUGCUUAGCCUCGCUGCCCAAUGUCAUUUUCUCUACCACCAUCAGGGUGAUGGGCGAGGAGCUGUGCCUCAUGCACUUCCCGGACAAGCUUCUGGGCUGGGACAGGCAGUUCUGGCUGGGUUUGUACCACCUGCAGAAGGUGUUGCUGGGCUUCCUGCUGCCGCUGAGUAUCAUCAGUCUGUGUUACCUGUUGCUGGUGCGCUUCAUCUCCGACCGCCGCGUAGUGGGGACGACGGAUGGAGCUGGGGGAGCAGCAGCGGCUGGAGGAGGCCUGAGUGCAGCCAGCGCUCGGAGACGGUCCAAGGUCACCAAGUCGGUGACCAUCGUAGUCCUGUCCUUCUUCCUGUGUUGGCUGCCCAACCAGGCGCUCACCACCUGGAGCAUCCUCAUCAAGUUCAACGCGGUGCCCUUCAGCCAGGAGUACUUUCUGUGCCAGGCGUACGCGUUCCCAGUCAGCGUGUGUCUAGCCCACUCCAAUAGCUGCCUCAACCCGAUCCUCUACUGCUUAGUGCGCCGCGAGUUCCGAAAGGCGCUCAAAAACCUGCUGUGGCGCAUCGCGUCCCCUUCGCUCACCAGCAUGCGCCCCUUCACUGCCACCACCAAACCAGAGCCGGAAGAUCACGGGCUGCAGGCCCUGGCGCCGCUUAACGCCUCUGCAGAACCUGACCUGCUCUACUAUCCACCCGGUGUGGUGGUCUACAGUGGGGGGCGCUACGACCUGCUACCUAGCAGCUCAGCCUACUGAGACCUGCCGAGGCUCAAGAGGGCCUUUCAAGGAAGAGAAAAAGGGGAGAGCAGUUUAGGGGCUGGAGGAUCGAGAUAAGUAGGAAAGGCGUGCGCGGGGAAGAGCAAUCUGGGAAAAGCCAGAGGCCUGUCUGUCCAGAAAUCAGGUUAAAGGAGGAACGACUGCCAGCAGGUAGAGUCUGCAGCCUCGGCUCUUGCUCCCCACUCCCCACUCACUCCCUGUCCUUUACUCCAAGCUCCACUAGCCACCAUGCCCUCAGAACACUCUGGAACACCCAGAAGCUGGGAUUGGCACCGGGAAGCAGAGGGAUUGGGUUGCGUAGGAGUUGGGCUUAACCAAAUGAUGUCCAGACGGGAUCAUUUGGCCCAGAGACUUUUAUGGAGAACUUUAUGGGACCUCAAGCAAAAUCCCGCAGGGAAAGUGGCCCAUAAAGCCUGUCUUAAUGCGCUUUGAUCUGUGGGACUGGCCCAAGCAAAGAUCUAACUUGCUGUGACUGUCUGGAAAAGAAAAUGAGAACUAGAACUCUGGUAUCCUUUAUCAUCCUGGACAGGGCUAAGGUGCACAUGCUGAGCCUGAUCUCUCUGCUAAGCCUCUGAGAGCAUAGGAAUGUCUGUCUCUAGGAAUGUCACCGUGAGUCUCUAGGAAGUGACAUGGGGUGCAAGAAAGAUCACUAUGAUGCAGCCCCUAAAGGAAAGGGGGGACUAGGUAAGUGGGCGGGAAGUGUAAUGUCUCCAUGGCAAUCCUGGGUACCCAGAAUCUCUUGAGAACAGUAUGAGUACCUGGUGCUUUGGUAUGUUGCUACAGGUGAGGCAGCAAGCACCCUGAAAGCUCCCCUGUGAGUGGGGGUGAUCGAGCAGCCCACCUUACUCUUUGGGAAUGGACUGACUGAGAUGAGAAACUGGAGUAGCCGGUAAAGGGAUGGCUCAGUGAUGUUUGGGGCUUAGAAGAGCAGGAAGUGCUGU